AUGCUCAUAGAAAGCAAUGCACAGGUAAAUCGUUUACGUGUCAAUAACCAUAAAACUGAAAAACAAAUCAAAAAUAAUGGCAAGUCAAAAGAACCUUCAAGUUUACCGAAAACACCUUGUUGGUUUUGUGGUGAAUUUCAUUACUCGCGGCACUGUCCAUUCAAAAAUCACAAAUGCGACAGAUGCAAACUUGUCGGGCAUAAAGAAGGAUAUUGCAAAUACCGAAAAACUCAAAAUGAAAAUCAAAAAUACCAUAAAAUUGAUAAGGGCCGUCAAUUCAAUUCAAAAAGCAUCUUUACUACAAACAAAGUCAAUAUGAAUAAACGUAAAUACAUAUUAGUCAAAAUUAAUGGCACACCAUUAAAUUUGCAACUUGACACAGCAUCAGAUAUAACAAUAAUUUCUGAAGACAAUUUCAAAAAAAUCCAAGCCGAUAAUGUUAGCGAAUCAGAACAUACAGCACGCAGCGCAACAGAUGAGUUACCAUUGUCAGCAAAAUUUAAAUGCAAUGUAGAAUUUCGAAAUCAACACCAAAGUUUAACUUGUUUUGUUACUCCUAUACAAAAUCUCAACGUAAUGGGAUUAGAUUGGAUACAAGAAUUGAACUUAUGUAAUAUGUCAAUCAAUUCUAUUUGUAAUAGUAUUUGUCAAAAUCAGGAUAGUAUUCAAUUGUGUUCAAAUCCGAAUAAAGAUACUCACCUGAAACAUUUUUUUUCAGAUGUAUUCGAUGGCAAAAUGGGGUUAUGCACUAAAACAAAAGCAGUAAUCACAACGAAACCAAACGUUCAGCCAGUAUUUAGGCCAAAGCGUCCAGUUGCAUAUCCGGUACAACAACUAGUUGAAGAUGAACUCAAAAGACUCCAAGAAUUAAAGGUUAUUUCACCAGUAAACUUCUCCGCAUGGGCAGCACCUAUAGUUGUUGUGAAAAAAACAAACGGAAACGUACGCAUAUGUGCUGAUUUCUCAACUGGUCUAAACAACUGCCUCGAAUCACAUCAAUACCCAUUACCAUUACCAGAAGAUAUAUUCUCAAAAUUGGCAAAUUCAAAAAUAUUUAGCCAUAUAGAUUUAUCGGAUGCAUUCUUACAAAUCGAGGUUGAUGACGCAUCGAAACAUCUACUAACAAUAAAUACACACAUCGGGCUAUUCCAGUAUAACAGAAUGGUUUUUGGAAUAAAAACAUUUCCAGCAAUUUUUCAACAAAUUAUGGACCAAAUGUUAGCAGGACUAAAUUGCACUGCAUCAUAUAUUGAUGACAUAUUUGUUUCCGGUAAAACAGCAUCUGAACAUACAGACAAUUUAUAUGCAGUUCUUACAAGGCUACGGUACAUCAUUAAUCAAGAAGGGUUAAAACCUGAUCCAGAACGUAUUGCCGCUAUCAAGCAAAUGCCAGAACCAUCAAAUAUUACAGAAUUACGUUCUUUUCUUGGCGCAAUAAAUUUUUACGGAAAAUUUGUUCCGAAGAUGCGUGAGUUAAGAGGACCACUUGAUAAUUUACUUAAGUUAAAUGUAAAAUGGAAAUGGGACGCGAUACAUCAGAAGUCUUUCCAUCAUCUUAAAGCUAUAAUGUCAUCAAAUUUAUUAUUAUGCCAUUAUGAUCCAAAUCAGAAGCUAAUUGUAGCUGCUGACGCAUCAAACUAUGGGUUAGGCGCAUGCAUCAUGCAUGAAUAUUCAGAUGGAUCCAUUAAACCUAUUUGCCAUGCUUCACGUUCUCUCACUCCGGCAGAACAAAAAUAUAGCCAGAUAGAAAAAGAAGGACUUGCACUCAUAUUUGCAGUUACCAAAUUUCAUAAAAUGUUGUAUGGAAGAAGAUUUAUAUUGCAUACCGACCAUAAGCCUUUACUGACUAUUUUCGGUAGAAAAACAGGCAUUGCUAUACAUCAAGCUAAUCGUCUUCAAAGAUGGGCAAUUCAGCUUUUAGCAUACGAUUUUGAAAUAAGAUUCAUUUCAACAAACAGUUUCGGAUACGCUGAUGUAUUAUCUAGACUUAUAAACAACAACGAAAAUAUUUCUGAAAAUUACGUUGUAGCAUCAAUCAAAUUAGAAAGAAGUGUAAAUGAAAUUAUAGUUAACACUAUAAAUACUUUACCAGUAACACAUAAAAUGAUCACAUAUGAAACAGCAAAAGAUCCAAUUCUAAAACAAAUAAUAUAUUAUAUUACAAAUGGUUGGCCUAACAAAACAAUAAAUAAUAGAGAAUUACAAGCAUUUUUACACAGGAAAAAUGAGUUAUCAUUAAUAAAUGAAUGUGUUGUGUACGGUGAACGUAUUGUUAUUCCACAAGUCUACAAAAAACGUGUACUUAAACAAUUACAUCGUGGUCAUCAAGGUAUUGAGCGUACCAAGGCAUUAGCACGGAGUUUUGUAUAUUGGCCAAACAUUGAUACUGAUAUAAAAACAUUUAUUUAA